ACUUGGAAUUAAAAACCUGAAACUUAGAGUUGUGCUCCGGCCUCUCUCAUGGCGACAAAAACCAAAAUCCUGAGCUAUUUAUUCAUCGUCUUUUUUGUGUUGAUUGGGCUUUACAACGUCAAUUGGGGCAAAUUUGUGUGUGAUUUACGGAAUGGUGCAAUAGUGGUAUUAUUGUCUGCAGCGACCGGGACAAGUCUUCACUGGUACGCACACUUCGAGGAGUUGAUUCGGACGAAGGAAAAAUCAUUCCUGAAUUCGUUGAUGAGGGAUGUGACUGGUGUGACCGUGAUCAUCAGCUUAAUUGCAACUGGUUUUGUGCUGCACAAUAUUGAAGGUUCUUGUGAGAGGUUUCCUGUUUCCCAAAGGUUCAAACUUGUAGAUUUGGUGGGAAAGCUUUACACUCAUAGGAAUGUGCUACAGAAAGACUCGAUUAACCUCGAACACAAAUUUGAUAAGUUGAGAAGUCUCAACAAAGCACAUGAAGAGCUUCCUCCAGAAAGAAUGCUAGUUACUGAAAGGACUCAAGAGAGAAUGCUAGUUCCAAAAAGGACUCAAGACAAAAUGCUAGUUGUUGAAAGGACUCAAGAAAGAUUGCUAGCUCCUAAAAGGACGAAGAAUGGAGGACUGUCAAAAUGGGAGAGAAGGCUGAACCAAAUAUUGAAGUUGAUAAAGCAAAGUCAGUGUUGGCUACUAAGACAUUAAAAUUUGAUCAAAAAAAAAGAAAAACUUGAAUUUCUAGAGUACAGUCUUGACCAAGCAAUGAUCGCAAUAAAAUCAGGGAAAAAAAAGGGUACAAAAUCAAGACAUUGAAUGUUGUUGCAAAUGCUUUAUUGCUGACCAAGGAGUUCGAAAUUCUAAUGACCAGAAUCGGGUACAUGUUUCAUGAAAGUUACAUUUCGAUGUUGAAGAGCCCCAGCUCAAUGUUAUGUUACAUACACAAGCUACCUAUGUCAUGAAGAAAGAAAUUAAAGAUGGAAGGAAACUAUCAACCAAUUAUUAUUCUCCCAAAACAAAAUCCCAACAUUUAAUAAGCAGUUUGUAUUAGCUGAACUUUAGACCCAAGAGAAAUUCUCCUUUAUUUGGUCAUACAGAUUUAUUUUUUUAUUUUUUUAUUUUUUAGACUAUAAAUUUAUCUUCUCCCCCACUACUUUUGUGGGUUGGCCGAGGCACUCAAGUGAAAAUCAAGGAAGGUAUCAAGCAGA